UUGUACAGUGUGCUUCUUGUCAGUGUAACCCCAGUCACCACAUUGAUAAAUAUCAAACACUUUUAUGCUCUUUGAUGUUCAGGAUCCAACACGAUGUGAAUAUGCUUGUUUGGCUGUUCACAGAACAUAAAGUAGGUUGAGCCCCAAUAUUUACAAGACCAACAGAAAUUGAUCCAACAGGGAAUUACGUUGCUCGUGAAAAUGGAGCAAGCAAACCAAUUUAUAUGAUGAAUGUGCACUGGGGAAUGUACUGUGUGCCUUUCUGUACGUUUGGACUUGUACAGUCGUAUUGCACUGCAGUCUUGUAUUUCUGGUUGAGCAAGCUUAAUUAUUUUAGUUCAUUUGGAGCAUCAAUAGGGAAGUGAAACAGGCAUUAUCAUAAUGUUCAGACCACCUUGCUUAAAGUGAGGCGUGCUGAGAAUGAGCACAAUAACAGAUGGCCUGCCUGGUGGCGUGCUGUUCCAUGCUGAACCGCUCCAAGAAUAUCUGGCAAUAAUCUGAAUGCAAACAGGAGAAUGCCUGCUAUUAAUGUGUUUGUUUAUUAUUCAACAGCAGUAUGAAGGUUAGAUCCAUCAAAGGACCUCAGGGACAAUAUUACAGCGGAUUUAACUACAGCACAAAAGCUCAUUUUGUAUCCUUCCCCUGGAUGCUGGCAUAUCUCCCCAACCACUUUGAGCCCUGAAGUAAAGAUCACGCUUCCUGUCUCAUCUAAUGGCACUGAGAAAAUCACUGCGAUUUAAAAAGCACACCAAAUGCAAAACCUGUUGCAUUGUUAGUGUUGGCAGUUUCGUAAGACUGAUUUCAUCACAGCACACCUUUAGUGAACUGUCCCAGCCACAACUACACAGUUUGAUGUUUGCAGAUUAGAACAUAAAAUGAGUAUUAUUGAUGUACUGACCUUUACUUCCUAUCGGGCAUCUUCAACUAAAAAAUAUAUUUUCAACUUUUAAUGCUUAAAACUAAGAUAACUCGUCCACAUCCAAAGAACCCGCCAUAAUAUUAAUCAAGCACCACUUGAUUGCUUGACUGUUUCCCCCGCCUUUCCUCCUCCAUAAUGCCUUCUCGGGUUCGGCCUUAUGGUGAAGGAGCAGGCCAGCAGCUCACCUAGUUGCAGCCGUUUGAUUGACAGCUGCAUAGUCCAGUGUGUGUUGUGGCCAUGAAUCGUGGGCAUCCUGUUUCUCUCAGCCGGCUGCUGAUAUGUGAUAGCUGGAGUUUUAUUCCGCGCCUCAGGAAGCAGACAGACAUACUGCCUCCCCUGCCAAGCAGCGAGCGCCGGUCUGACCGCGAAGACGGCCCGAUGAAAUUGUGCCCUGCUAUCUGCAACUGAGUUCAACUGGGGUCGCACUUCCCUUUUUAUUCUUCUUGGAGGUGUUAAGAAAUGCUCAACAUGAUCCCAAUUAUUUGUCUGGUGAUGCUGCUUCCUGAAGGUCAGUCAGACGCUCCUGCUUGCAGAAAAAUGAUCUUGGUGUAAUAAUUAGUUUGAGGGAUUUUGCUGCUUUUGACUUGGAGACUAAAAAAAAAAAAAAGCACGUUGUGUGUCAAUUGUUAAAUGCAUUGAUGUGUGCGUAAUUACUCACACACCGCCGUGCCUUUUAAAAAUGAAUAACAGUUACAUUUACGCUGAAUUUUUCAUGUGGCUUUCAAACUAUUCAACCAAACAAUCUAAGAAGCUUAUGAAAGUAAUGACUCAUUUAAUUAUAAAUGCCUAAACCCCAUUUAAAACACAGUUUCCAAAAUGCUUGUGGGGCUUUCUCUUAAGGAUCCACUUAGGGGGAUUGAAAGGGCCCAACAAAAACAAAAUAUUAUUCGUAGUACACCACUUUAUCAUAACAAAAUAACGUAAAAGUAUAUAAUUUAUUGUCUAAACAUGGAUGGAAUUGAGAAAAGAGCAAUAAUUAAAAAUCACGUGUUUGGAUUAAUUAAAAGGCUCAAGUAGAACAGUGUGAAGGAAAGUACUGAUUAAACGAAGUGUUCUCCACCCAGAAGAACCAGUACAAAAUACUACAUUAAAAAGCACUUGGGUUGUUUUUGUUGAAAACUUGUGAAUGACUGAUGCCCACAUCUUUCCCCCUCCAGUGGCUCACUCGGCUCAGGGUCACUAUGCCCACAAGCUUCUGAAUGAUUUGAUGCAUAAUUAUUCCAGUGCUCUGCGGCCUGUAGAGGACACCGACAGAGCCCUCAACGUCACCUUACAGAUCACCCUCUCCCAGAUCAAAGACAUGGAUGCGAGGAACCAGGUUCUGAUAGCCUACCUGUGGAUCAGGCAGAUGUGGCAUGAUGCGUACCUGAAGUGGGAUAAAGAGGACUAUGAUGGUCUGGAGGUGAUCCACAUCCCCAGCAGCCUUGUGUGGAGGCCCGACAUCGUCCUUUAUAACAAAGCUGACGAUGACUCCUCAGGGCUGAUGGACACCAACGUGAGGCUGCGCUACAAUGGAGAGAUCACCUGGGACGCUCCUGCCAUCACCAAGAGCUCCUGUGUGGUGGACGUCUCCUACUUCCCCUUUGACAGCCAGCAAUGUAACCUGACUUUUGGUGCGUGGACCUACAAUGGCAACCAGGUAGACAUCAUUAUGGGCAUGGACAGUGGCGACCUGUCAGAUUUUGUGGAAAAUGUGGAGUGGGAGUGCCACGGGAUGCCGGCCACCAAGAACGUCAUCAUGUACGGCUGUUGCUCUGACCCGUACCCCGACAUCACCUAUACAGUGCUCCUGCAGCGCCGCUCCUCCUUCUACAUCUUCAACCUCCUCCUCCCCUGCUUCCUCAUCUCUUUCUUGGCUCCGCUGGGUUUCUACCUCCCCGCAGACUCUGGGGAAAAGGUUUCCCUUGGAGUGACCGUUCUUCUGGCUCUCACUGUGUUCCAGCUGAUGGUGGCAGAGAGCAUGCCUCCAUCCGAGAGUGUGCCUCUUAUAGGGAAGUACUAUAUUGCCACAAUGACGAUGGUCACAGCCUCCACAUCUCUCACCAUCUUCAUCAUGAACAUCCACUUCUGUGGUGCAGAGGCCAAACCAGUGCCCCACUGGGCAAAAGUCCUCAUCAUUGACUACAUGUCCAAAAUCUUUUUUGUUUAUGAGGUGGGUGAGAACUGCACCUCUGCCUCCUCCUCUUCUUCUUCAUCUUCUCACUUCCCCCAGGAAGACACACGUCACCAGCACCUCAACUCUCAUAUUCAUGCGAAUGGUAAACCAGGAGGCCACAGUAGCCGACAGGACCCGCAGGGUUUCAAAUACCCCAGACCUCCGACCCCCAAGCCAGAACACCAUCCCAGAGUCAAAGCCCAGCACCACAUCACCAGAGAAGAGAGGAGCGAACUCUCCAGUUUAGGGAAAUAUGAAGACGCAAAUGGGAAAAUCCCAACAGGGGACUGCUGCAAAGAAGACCAGAAGGUCCCCUGCUAUCCUGAACACCAAACACCUCCCUGUUGUCCUGAAGACAAAAAGCCUCCACCUGUAGGCCCCACAGUUACCUUUGACCCCUGUGUGUUCUGCAGUGGUUUCCCUGGUGUGGACACCGAGCUGGUGCACAAUGUUGAAUAUAUCACCAACUGUUUCCGAGAGCAGAGGGCCACAUGCGCCAAAGGGGCUGAAUGGAAGAAGAUCGCUAAAGUGUUGGACAGAUUCUUCAUGUGGAUCUUCUUCAUCAUGGUCUUCCUCAUGAGCAUCCUAAUGAUUGGCAAGGCACCGGGAUAGUGAAGACUUGUUGUUUUGGCUCAGUGAACUCUUUUUGGUCAAAUAAAAAAAGUCAAAGGGACUAUUACGUUUUUUUUAAUUAACAGGUAUGCUGUAAGUAUAUGAUAAUACCAGUAUAGAUUCCAGUGAUUUGAAAAUAAAUACAUAUGACCUUGUCCAUACAG